AUGCACCCACCACACCGAAGCCACCAAACUCCUCCCACCCGCGCCUUCCACUCAGCCAAUUCCACCCCCAACCUCACCGGCAUCCGCAUCGGGUUCCCCAGCCUUCCCGCCUCCACGCACCUCCCGCCCACAAAGCCACACAAUCCACCCGCCUCCUGUCCCGCCUCCACCACGCCAGCACCACCAUCAUCCCCAACAUCCCCAUCCCCGGUGCCCAAACCUACGAAGCCCUCCCCCUCCCUGCCCGCCAAAUCACCCCAAGACACAGACUUGAAAGUCGCAAUAAACACCUACCUCGCCACCCUCGCCACAAAACCAAACCUCAUCUUCACCCUUGCCGACCACCUCGCUUUCACAAAGCGCUGCCCCGCUGAACAAUACCCGGAGCGCAACGCCGCGGUGCUAUAG